ACAAAUAUUACAUAAAUAUAACCUUUGAGACAGACGGUCUGUGAUAUACAUUAAUUCUUAAGAUACAACUCUGAUUUGUGAUAUCCUCUUGAGCUAAAGACGGCUAUAAAUACAAACUUCUGAUUUGCACUGUCAGCAUUUCGCGAAAAUGUUUUGUUGGCAGGAGUACAUAUACAAUAUCUGCGUGAUGUGAUUUGUGACUUUAUUUUAAUUAUUUAAUUGGAGUUGAAAUUGAUUGUCAAAAACACUACAAAUAAGUGCCUGAAGAAGAUUAAGCUAAAUUAAGUGAAAGAUAUUACGUAAAAGAAAAACAAUGUUUAUCAUUAUAUUGUUAUUAUCUAUUUUUAUUUUAUUAGUGUAUAACUAUUAUGUGCAUUAUGGAAAAAACGGUCGAUUGAUUAAUCUUAUACCAGGACCACCGAUUGAUCCAAUUAUAGGCAAUGCAAUUCAAUUCCAUGUUUCUGCAGAGGAUCAAUGGAAGCUGCUUUGUACGAUACCUAAUGAGUAUUAUCCUAUAUUCAAAAUCUGGAUUAUGUUCCAUCCCGCUGUAUCCAUUCGCCAUCCAGAUGAUUUAGAGACGAUAUUAAGUGGCACCAAACAUAUUGAGAAAAGUCGUAUUUAUGAGACGUUACAUCCUUGGCUCGCCACAGGACUUCUUACUAGCGCAGGUGCUAAAUGGCAUUCGCGACGAAAAAUAUUAACACCUGCAUUUCAUUUCAAUAUAUUAAAUCAGUUCGUUGAGAUUUUGAUCAAGGAGGGCGAAUGUAUGACAAAAUCUUUGAAGGAUGCCGAAGGACCUCUUGUAAAAGAUUUAUUACCAUUUAUUAGUGAAUAUACAUUAAAUGCGAUAUGCGAAACUGCCAUGGGCGUUUCCUUGAAAAAUUUGGGCGAGUUUCAGCAACGUUAUCGAAAUGCGAUUCACGAAAUAACCAAAUUAGCAGUUUAUAGACUGCUAAGACCUUGGCUCCAUAACAUUUGGAUAUUUUCAUUGUCUUUACCUGGACUUAAGCAAAAAAGGAUCUUGAAAAUAUUACAUAACUUUACGGAAAAAAUCAUCGCAGAAAGAAAACUUUAUCACGAACGCACGAAUGAUCAAUAUUUGAAAAAUCUUGAAAAUGAUAAAGCAGAAAUUGAUGAUACAGAAGUAAUUGGAAUUAAAAAGAAGCGACUUGCCAUGUUGGAUCUUUUAAUAUUGGCAUCUCGACAAGGUUCCUUGACCGAUUCCGAUAUCAGAGAAGAAAUUGAUACAUUUAUGUUUGAAGGUCAUGAUACUACAGCGAUGGGUAUAAUCUUUACUUUAUUACUAUUAGCCGAACAUAAAGAUAUCCAGGAACGUGUGAGGGCUGAAGUUGAUACCGUGAUGCAGGAAAACGGAGGAAAACUUACCAUGAAAUCGUUGCAAAAUUUAUUAUAUUUAGACAGAUGUUUAAAGGAAACACUACGUUUGUACCCGAGUGUGUUUUUUAUAUCACGAACAGCAGCGGAAGACGUAAAAUUACAUUCAUAUGUUGUGCCUGCCGGAACAAUUUUGCAUCUUAAUAUUUGGGGAGUUCACAGAGAUCCUAAUUUUUGGCCAAAUCCAGAUGCAUUUGAUCCUGAUAGAUUUUUGCCGGAGAAGAUCCAGAAUCGUCAUCCGUAUUCUUAUUUACCAUUCAGCGCAGGACCAAGGAACUGCAUAGGUCAACGAUUCGGUAUGCUAGAGUUGAAAGCUGUGAUAGCUCCUUUGUUGCACAAUUUUUACUUGGAGCCAGUAGAUCGCAUAAAGGAUAUCCGGCUGAGGGCUGAUCUAAUAAUUCGUCCUUCUCAUUCGGUUCGUGUAAAAUUCUAUUAUCCCAUUCUCAAAGUCUGGUUAAUGUUCUAUCCCAUUGUAUCCAUUCGCCAUCCAGAUGAUUUAGAGACGAUAUUAAGUGGUACCAAACACAUUGGGAAAGAUAAUAUUGUUUAUCAGUUAUUAGAACCUUGGCUCGCCACAGGACUUCUUACUAGCGCAGGUGCUAAAUGGCAUUCGCGACGAAAAAUAUUAACACCUGCAUUUCAUUUCAAUAUAUUAAAUCAGUUUGUUGAGAUUUUGAUCAAGGAGGGCGAAUGCAUGACAAAAUCUUUGAAGGAUGCCGAAGGAACUGUUGUAAAAGAUUUAUUACCAUUUAUUAGUGAAUAUACAUUAAAUGCGAUAUGCGAAACUGCCAUGGGCGUUUCUUUGAAAAAUUUGGGCGAGUUUCAGCAACGGUAUCAAAACGCGAUUCACGAAAUAACCAAAUUAGUAGUUUAUAGACUAGUAAGACCUUGGUUCUAUAACACUUGGAUAUUUUCAUUGACUUUACCUGGAUUUAAGCAAAAAAGGGUCUUGAAAGUAUUACAUAAAUUUACAGAAAAAAUCAUCGCAGAAAGAAAACUUUAUCACGACCGCACGAAUGAUCAAUACUUGAAAAAUCUUGAAAAUAAUAAGAUGGAGAUUGAUGAUAUAGAAGUUUUUGGAACUAAAAAAAAGCGACUUGCCAUGUUGGAUCUUUUAAUAUUGGAAUCUCGACAAGGUUCUUUGACUGAUUCCGAUAUCAGAGAAGAAAUUGAUACGUUUAUGUUUGGAGGUCAUGAUACUACAGCAAUGGGUUUAAUCUUUACUUUAUUACUAUUAGCCGAACAUAAAGAUAUCCAGGAACGUGUGAGGGCUGAAGUUGAUACCGUGAUGCAGAAAAACGGAGGAAAACUUACCAUGAAAUCGUUGCAAAAUUUAUUAUAUUUAGACAGAUGUUUAAAGGAGACACUACGUUUGUACCCGAGUGCGUUUUUAAUAUCACGAACAGCAGCGGAAGAUGUAAAAUUACAUUCAUAUGUUGUGCCUGCCGGAACGAUUUUGCAUCUUAAUAUUUGGGGAGUUCACAGAGAUCCCAAUAUUUGGCCAAAUCCAGAUGUAUUUGAUCCGGAUAGAUUUUUGCCUGAGAAAAUCCAGAAACGUCAUCCUUAUUCUUAUCUACCAUUUAGUGCUGGACCGAGGAAUUGCAUCGGUCAACGAUUCGCCAUGCUGGAGAUGAAGGCUAUGAUAGCUCCUUUGGUGCAUAAUUUCUACUUGGAGCCAGUAGAUCAUAUAAAAGAUAUCCGACUGAGGGCUGAUCUAAUAAUUCGUCCUUCUCAUCCGGUUCGUGUAAAAUUCGUUCCGAUCGAAGACAAGCAAUCAUUUGAAAUUAAUACAAAUACUACAUAAAUGUAAGAUAUUGAUGUGUAUUAAAAAUGAGGGAGAAAUUAUUAUGAAUAUCUUCAACAAAAUAUAUAUUGUAUGUGUAAAUUUAAUCGUGAAAAUAAAUAUGUAGAAACUAUA